UGUACCAACUGACCGUUAUUCUCCCCUUGGUCACCCCUCCCGUUCACCCCUCCCCUAUAUCUAUCUCCUACUCCCCUCCCAGCUCCCCUCACCAUCUCCCACUUCACCCAGUUGCUAACAAACGUUCACAGGCAGCUCUCGUCAGAUUCUGCAAGCACCACAAGAAAAUAAUAAACACAGUAAAGUCUUUAUUUUGUAGAUAACCCAAUGGAGGAUUUGUUGUCUAGUUUGAGUGGGGUGGCUGUAACAGCUCACCCUAACAACCCACAUGCUGAACAUCCGCACUUUUCCCUGUAUAAAGCCAAAAAUACAGGCUCGUCACAGCAUGAACGCAGAAAAAGUGUGCUGGAAGCGAGGAAAGAGGCUCGGUAUGACUUGCUGAUGCAUUUGCGUAGUGUAGAAGAAGAAUCAGCUGAAUCAUCUGACUUCUCUGAUGAAAAUAUGGAUCUUGAAGAGAUUCGAAUAUGUUAUUCUCGUCCGAAAAAAUAUCGUAAUUUCCUAAUGUUAAGCGAGUGGUUGGUGGAUGUGCCAGAAGAUUUUGCUACAUCUUUUCUCGCUGUGCCAUGUCCAGUAGGAAAAAGAACUCUUGUUGUAUCUGCCAAGGGCAGGACACGUGCAUAUGCCAAGUCUGGCACCAUGGUGGGCCAGUUUCCUUCUCUACUGCCGGGUGGUAACCGCCAAACAAAUUUUAAAGGUUAUGCUCUACUAGACUGCAUAUGGUCUGAAACUAACAAGACAUACUAUGUCAUAGACCUCAUAGUGUGGCUUAACCAGUCUGUGAUGGGGUGUGAGACGCAGUUUAGAUUUGAGUGGCUGAAAACUAGACUGUUGGAAGAAGCACCAGAAGUCUUACAUGUAUCCAAACUUAAUCCAUUUAGAUUUGAAUGGGUGCCAUUCUAUAAUUGUUUGCCUGAAACCUUGGGAAUGUUACUUAGUGAAGCUUUGCCGUUUACUGUGCCACUUGAUGGGGUUCUGUUUUAUCACAAAGAGAGCCAUUAUACUCAUGGCCCAACUCCUCUAGUUGGCUGGCUAAAAGGAUAUAUGUUCCCAGAAAUUUUAGGUGUACCAGUAGGAGACCAUGUCCUGUCGGAAAGGCCUGCGAAGUACAUCAGCCUUCCUAAACAUAUCCAAUAUAGUAAAGAUAAAAAAGAAGAAAAAGAAAAGGAAAGAAGCGAAAAGGUAUGAUAGAUCAUUAAAUAAUAUUUUUGCAUGAAAAUCAGUCGGCAUUGUAAUAGGACAAUAAGAUGUACAGUACUAAGGCUUUUUCAGCUCGAUUCGGCAAACCAGUUGGGACAUUAUACAGUAUGUCAUCCAUCCAUUCUGAAUGAGAAUUAAUACAUGAUGUGGAGUCAAUAGAAAUGAUGUACAGUACAGUA